AUGGCUUCAUCUCCGUGCGGCAACAGUAACUUUGAUUCCGGUCUGGAAAUCAAAACUCGCUCGGUGGAGCAGACGCUUAUUCCUUUAGUAUCGCAGAUCACAACACUGAUCAACCAUAAAGACAAGCCAAAGAAGUCAGAGCGCACCCUGGCAGCCAUUCACAGGGUGGGCCAGGCAGUGAGCGUGGCUGUGGGCCGUUUCGUCGCCGUUGGGGAGGCCAUCGCCACAGAGAACCAAGAGCUCAAGGAUGAGAUGGGUCAAGCCUGCUUCGAGGCACGCAGAGCAGGUGAUGCCAUAGCCCAGCUGACAGAUGUGGGAUCAGCCGUGCCAUCCCAGUCAGACGGACGUGUCACGGUGUUCAGUGAUAGGACAGGGAUGGUGAAGGCAGCCCGCUUGCUCCUCUCCUCAGUCACUAAAGUCCUCGUCCUGGCUGACCGCAUCGUCAUCAAACAGAUAAUCACAUCACGUAACAAGGUCCUGGUUACCCUCGACCAUCUGGAAAGAGUCAGCACCUUCCAGGAAUUUGUACAGAUAUUCAGCCAGUUUGGCAAUGAGAUGGUGGAGUUUGCCCACCUCACCGGAGACAGACAGAACGACUUGAAGGAUGAGAAGAAGAAGGCACGGAUGGCAGCAGCCAGAGCAGUGCUGGAGAAAUGCACCAUGAUGCUUCUCACAGCCUCCAAGACUUGCCUGAGGCACCCAGAUUGCGAGUCGGCGCGGAUCAACAAGGACGCCGUGUUCCACCGGAUGCGCUGUGCCCUGGAGCAGGUCAUCGAGAUAGUCACCGAGGCACGGAGCUGCGGGGAGAACAAGAUCCUUCCUGCCAGCAUCUAUAACGGCAUCAAGGACUUCAAGUCCAGCGUGGAGUGCCUGCGGGAGAACCUGUACUCCCUGUCCCCCCAGGGCAUGGGCAGCCAGCUGGAGGCGCUGGUGGAGCGGACGGAGGACUUCACUGAUUCGGCCUACACCAGCCACGAGCAGCGGCAGGCCAUCCUCGGUCUGUGCCAGCUGGCGCGCCAGGACACUCAGCAGCUGGUGCACGCCUGGGUUGAGGCGCAGUCUGUCCAUGCCAAAGAAGCCACAGAGGACAUGGAGGUGGCCAUCCUGAAGACAUGCCAGAGUGUCAGUGACCUCCGACGUGAGCUCCAUAAAGUGGCAGUCGUUCGUGCCUCUGACUUGCUCAAAGUUCACGGGGAGCAGUUACCUCUACGGGCUCUCAAAGCUGCAGGCGCCGAGGGAAACCUGGAGGCAGUGGCGGAGUAUUCACACACGCUCACUGAGCAGAAGGAGCAGCUGGUGGAGACGUGUCGGCUGCUGUGCCAUGUGUCGGGGACCGAGCCUCUGGAGAUUACCUGUAUACAUGCUGAGGAGACCUUCCAUGUCAUUGGUCCACAGAUCAUCUCGGCAGCCCAGACGCUGGCCCUCCACCCGUCCAGUAAGAUCGCCAAGGAGAACCUGGAGGUGUUCUGCGAGGCCUGGGAGUCGCAGCUCUGCGACAUGGCCCUGCUGCUGAGAGAGAUCAACGACGUCUUUGAAGGCAGGCGAGGAGACAAAAGACCUUAUUUAUCACUCCCCAGACCCGGGAAACACUCAGCUAACUUGAAGACUGCCAAGGCUGUCAAGUUGGAUGCAGAGGAGCAGACAAGCAUGGCCAAGCUGGGCCUGGAGCUCCGCCUGCUGUCGUCAGAUGUGGACACAGAGGUGGAAAAAUGGGAGGAGCAGGAGCAUGACAUCGUCCGACAGAGCCAGAGCUUGGCCAGUAUGGCCUACAACAUGCACCUGUUCACCAGAGGGGAGGGGCUGCUGAAAACAACACUAGAUCUUUUUCAUCAAGCCGAGGUUCUCUCUGAAGAGGGGCUCCAGCUGUGCUCGUCUCUCCGCACUUUUUCCACUCAGCUGGUUGAUGAGGAAAAGUCUGUGGUGAUGACAGAGAUGGAGAAACUGGUGGCGUUGUGCCAACAGUUGCAGAUGGGGGCCAAGACUCCUGUACAGGGCAAGACUGCCACCUUCCAGAAGGUGGACUCAUCCAUUCAGACAACCAGAGCGAUCUUGACUGUGGUCCUCUCCCUGCUCCCAUUCUGCAACAAGCUCAACAGAAAGUACAAGUCAGAGAGGAGUAGCCUGGGUUCCCCGCAGGACUGGAGAGAGAGGCAGGAUGCGUCCACACCUGUCAAAGAGGAGGGAGCGCUCAACGGCAAGAACAGCAACGGCUUCGGUGUCAAAUCCUUAGAGCAGCACAUGGCCUGUCUCAACCUCCUGGAGAGCAAAUAAUCCAGGACAUUGUCACCUCCUUUGUCCACUAUUCUCUCUUGGAGCAGCACAUAGCCAACCUCACAACUCUGGAGAACAUGUAAUCCAGUAAAUACGUCACUCCCCUCAUCCUCAUGCACCCACCAGAGAGUGGGCUAAGCAGUGUGGUGAAGAUGGUCGCCUCGGGUCAGUCAGGGUUUGUAUUUGCUGUCUGGAUGAAUACAUGUAAGGUUUACAGAGGAAAAAGCAGAUCCAAGCUCGCUGUGCCCAGGGCCAGUUUAAACCCAGGGUAGCUUCUUCCCCGAAGCACCAGUUCCACCCCAGUCCACAAGAUGGAGACAAUCAGCCAACACUGACUUUGCCAUUUGCAGCGAGCCUCCUUAAAGGAGAGAGGGGCCCCGAGACAAACCUGAUUUUGGAGUCACUUUUAUCACUUCUCUGGAUAUUGAGUUGAUAAACUGAUCAGAAAUCAGAUAGCACCUCCUCUUAAUGCUCAGCUCAGCCAUACAUCUGUCUUCACUAUGUGCCUCUGUGUAACAAGCCUAUUUGCUUUGUGGUGUACUGUAAUCGUGUUGCACAUGUUAGCCAAAUGUGGUGGUGGUGGUGGUGGUGGGGGGGAGACACAGUUAAAUGGCUGAAAACCCACCAUGCAUGAUGCCAUCAUUACCAAACCCUUGUGUUUGAGUCUCUUAUGGUCAGUGUGUCAUAGGUUUGUAAUAUUAACACUUGUUCUCUAAUAUUAGACAUAGUGGUACAUUUUGUCCUUCAUCACUGGCACUGUAGUCAUCUCAUAUGGAAAAAAAAGUAUUUUAAGAGUCAACCACACCAUAAGAUUAAUGACUUCCUUCCAUACGGUUUGCCAUGGAAUGUUAGCCAUGUUAGUAACAAAAUGCAAAAAUCACAAUUUAAUGCCAAAUAUGAUUGUCCUCAUGAAGACGCUGUGGUCUUCAGCUUGCUACUAGUGUGAAAUAUAAAGCUCUUACAGCUCCUGUGUACGUCACUGGAGACGUAUUUUUAUUUGGGCCUGAUUUCUCCAUCACUACGAUGCUUUGGAGAUGACAGGAUUUUACUUUAUACUGUCCUGUUAUUAAAUCAUAUUGUGCAUAUAGAUACACUUGGGACAUUUUUUUCCUCACAAAAGAAACAAAAAGAUAAUUCUGAGCUGGCGUCUGUGUCAAACGGAGCCUCGAAGUGUACUUGUUAUGAAGACUAUCAUUGUGAAGCUGCCUUGUUGGCCAAUAUGUAUUAAAUGGUAUAUGGUAUGUAUAAUAUGGUACUUGAAGCAUAGAUAAAUAUAUAUAUAUAUAUAUAUACUGUAUGUAUCCUAAGGUAUUGAAUGACUGGUACUAGGUGAGGGUGUGAUGAUGACUGAGAUGAAUAACACAUGUUAAGCUUUAGAGAUGCUUUGUACAGUGUCAGAGCAGCUAAGGAUGCUGGGUAUUGUAGUGAUGCUACAGAUGUGAAGAAAUCAUAGCUCUAGUUUUGGACCAUCUAUUCUUUUGACAAUUGAAAGGUUAAUAAAAGUGACACAUAAAAAAAUAAACAAUAUUUUUCUUAAA